UCAUCCGCCGCCGCCGCCGCCAGGCGCGUCUUCCUCUACAGCCUCUUUCUCCCGCACGCCCGCGACCCAUCCUCUCAGCCCCCGUCGACGGGAGGCGCCGCCACGCGAGGGCGCGGUGAGGUGAGACGGAUUCAAAACCCUCGGCUGAGAUUCCGAGGGUUCUUCCGAUGGGGAGCUCGGAUAUGGCGUCGCAGCCGCAGAGCGACAGCGUCAAGGUGGCAGUCAACGUCCGGCCGCUCAUCACGCCGGAGCUCGUCCUCGGAUGCACGGACUGCGUCACCGUCACGCCGGGCGAGCCGCAGGUUCAAAUUGGCCCACACGUCUUCACUUAUGAUCAUGUCUACGGCAGCACGGGAUCUUCUUCUUCAUUGAUAUUUGAGCAAUGUGUGUAUCCACUAGUCGACUCAUUGUUCUGUGGAUACAACACCACUGUGCUAGCUUAUGGCCAGACUGGAUCCGGGAAGACAUAUACGAUGGGCACCAAUUAUUCUGGUGAAUCUAACUGUGGAGGAAUAAUUCCACAAGUCAUGGAGACGAUAUUCAAGAAAGCUGAUGCAAUGAAGGGUGAUACAGAGUUCUUAAUUAGGGUAUCCUUCAUUGAGAUAUUCAAGGAGGAAGUAUUCGAUUUGCUUGAUGAUCCUGGGUCUGUUGCAAAAGCAGCAGCGCCUGCUAGAGUGCCUAUUCAGAUUCGAGAAACUGCAAAUGGAAGCAUCACACUUGCUGGCGUGACGGAGGCUGAAGUCAAGUCAAAAGAAGAAAUGGCCUUGCACUUGGCACGAGGAUCUUUGUCACGCGCAACUGGAAGUACAAACAUGAAUAGCCAGUCAAGUCGCUCUCAUGCUAUUUUUACGAUAUCUAUCGAACAAAAGAGGACCUCUAGUUCUGCAUCUGAGAAGUCAACUAGUAAUGAAUAUGAUAUUUUAUCAUCAAAAUUUCAUCUAGUUGACUUGGCUGGUUCUGAGAGGGCUAAACGAACAGGAGCUGAUGGAUUACGGCUUAAAGAAGGGAUACACAUAAACAGAGGCCUUCUUGCUCUUGGCAAUGUUAUUAGUGCAUUAGGUGAUGAAAAGAAGCGGAAAGAAGGAGCAUUUGUCCCAUACCGGGACAGCAAGUUAACUCGCCUGCUGCAGGACUCUCUAGGAGGAAACAGUAAAACCGUUAUGAUUGCUUGCAUUAGUCCUGCUGAUUCUAAUGCAGAGGAAACCAUAAAUACACUCAAGUAUGCCAAUCGUGCACGGAAUAUUCAAAACAAAGCAGUGAUCAACAGAGACCCAGUUACAGCAGAGAUGCAAAAAUUGAGGAGUCAAUUAGAGCAGCUCCAGAGUGAACUUCUGUUUUCCCGCAGUGGGAGUGCAGCACUAGAAGAACUUCAGCUGCUGCAACAAAAAGUCUCUCUACUUGAGUUAAAAAAUUCAGAACUGUACUGUGAGCUCAAGGAAAGGGAAAUGUCUUGUGAACAGUUAGCACAGCGUGCAAUUGCUACCCAGCUGGAAAAGGAUCAGCUCAUGUUAAAGCUCGAAUCAGCACGCAAUGGAAAAUCGUGGGAUGAUAUUGAAAAUGCCGGUAGUGAGCAGGAUGUGGACCUUAUGAAGACCUAUAUAUCGAAGAUUCAGCAGUUGGAGGCUGAAGUAACACGGCAGAAGUUCACCACUGCCUGUAGAAAUGGUUUGCAUGAUCGACUUGCACUGGAUAAGGGCAUGCUUCUAGACGAUCUAGGUUCAGGUUGUGAAGUAGGAACGCUCGAAGUGUCAAGUGAAGUUGAUGAAGAAGAAAAGGAAAGAGAACAUUCAUCCAUACAGGAGAAACUGGAUAUGGAGCUGCAAGAUCUAGAUAAAAGACUUCAGCAAAAGGAGGCGGAGAUGAAACAAUUUGCGAAGAGUGAUACCUCUGUUCUCAAGCAACAUUAUGAGACGAAGUUACAUGAGAUGGAACAAGAAAAGAGGGCUUUUCAGAAAGAAAUUGAGGAUCUCCGUCAUGCACUAGCAAAACUAUCUUCCUCAACUGAUGAGUGCUCACACAAAAUGAAAGAUAACUAUCUUCAGAAGCUGAGCAUGCUUGAAAAUCAGGUCUCUCAGCUCAAGAAAAAGCAGGAUGCUCACCAACAGUUGCUACGACAGAAACAAAAAAGUGAUGAUGCAGCUAUGCGUUUACAAGGAGAAAUUCAACGCAUCAAAUCUCAGAAGGUUCAACUUCAACAAAAGAUCAAACAAGAAUCCGAGCAAUUUAGAUCUUGGAAAGCGGCUCGUGAAAAGGAAGUGCUUCAGCUGAAGAAGGAAGGGAGACGGAAUGAAUAUGAGAUGCAUAAACUCCUGGCUUUAAAUCAGAAGCAGAAAAUGGUUUUACAGCGGAAAACUGAAGAAGCUACGAUGGCCACGAAAAGACUGAAAGAUUUGCUCGAAGCAAAGAAGUCCACCCGUGAUGCACAUGGAACAGGAGCAUCAGGGAUUCAGGCCUUGAUGCGAACGAUUGACGAUGAACUUGAAGUAACUGUAAGGGCGUAUGAAUUACGUUCACACUAUGACCGACAAAUACAAGAGAGAGCAACAAUAUCUAAGGAAAUAGCAAAGCUGAAGGAGUGUCCUGAGGCUAUGUCUCCUAGCGCUAGGAGUUCCAGAAUAUCAGCACUGGAAAACAUGCUGUCAUCAUCAUCUAGUGCUAUGGUAUCCAUGGCUUCUCAACUAUCUGAAGCGGAGGAGCGGGAGCGUGUGUUCAGUGGUAGAGGCAGAUGGAACCAUGUAAGGUCCCUGCCUGAUGCAAAGAACACAAUGAAUUACCUUUUUCAGUUAGCAUCAUCUUCAAGGUGCCAACUACAUGAUAAGGAGGUGAUGUGUAUAGAGAAGGAUCUCAUCAUUGGCGAACUGAAAGAAAAGGUGGUUGCGCUUAAUGGCAGAACUAGACAGUUAGAAGCACAAGUUAAUGACCUACAUAACCAAAAUAUGCAGCUUUUCGCUGCAAUGAACAAUGCGAAGAAAUCUGGUAGGGCCUCAAGGCGUGAUACUACUAUUGAUCCAGAAGAUGGUCAAAUUUAUGCUUUGCGGAAGAGUGCUCGAGGUUCCCAAUUCAAGCAUGGUAAGAACAGUUUCUACUGGUCAGAUGACAUGGACAUAUCAGAUGCCGAGGAGUCGGGAGAAUUAGAAGAUAUGAGUGAUGAUGGAUCUGAUACAGAUUGGGUAGAGUCAUCCAGGAAAAUCAAUAAUACACGGCGGCGAACAUCCAACCCGAGUAGAAACAAUUCACUUACAGAUGUGAAGUCAGAGAUGCCUAGUGAGGAAAUUCCCACUAUCCAGAAAGAGCAUGCUUCUUCACAGUGCUGCUCGUGCUCAUCAAAAUCGUUGUGCAAGCUCACCAGAUAUUGUGAGUGCAGAGCUCUAGGCUCACAAUGUGGUACUGGUUGCGGGUGUAAUGCUUCCAAGUGUUCCAAUAGGGUGCGCGUCGUCAAGGAAGAAAUAGACGAUGAACCACCAUCCGAGAAGGAAGGUAGCGAGUUUGGUAAUGUUUCUUCUUCAGAGAACGGUGCCAAAAUGAAGGACGAAGUGAAGCAAGGAAUCAUGCUUCUCGAGAAUGCUAUGGCUGAGAAGGAAACUCAGCAGCCAAAAUCAAGAAAGCCAUUGGCGGACAUUGGAAAUACCGAUGCGAAACAAGGUGGGGCAAAACCGAAGCAGAGGAAGAACUGGCGCAAGUCGGCAACAAUCCAGCUCGUCCCUACGGAGCCUCCUCCACCAGCCCCAGCCUCUGCACCGGAUAACGCUGAAGCCGCUCCACAGAACAGAGCCGACAUUCCCCUGAGGCUGCCGAGGGCAAUGUCUGCCGCAGAGAACAACCCUCUUACAGACCGCAAUGCCGCCAAGGCAGGCGAGUCCGUGAGCAGCAACAAGGACAACGGCAGCGUAGCCACGACGAGGGUACCGGCUCCGGCUCCGGCUCGGUCGAGAAAGAAUGCUGCCAUGGAGAAGGAGAACCACCUGGGAUGAUGAUCAUCAGCCUGCCAGUGAUGAGCAUGUUGGCACUGACUGCCGAAGAGGACGAGGUUAAAACUGUUAUAACCAACGAACGCCGAGAUCCCCCGUGGAGAUGAUCGGUCGGAUCCUUUUGCCGAGCCAAGAAUUGUGUUUUCUGUGGCAUCCGACCGCGGAGUAGCGUUUCUGUUUUCUGUAGCCGGUUCUCCCGGGGCAUGUCAGUUAAGUUAAAACUGUGUCUCUCCAUACUGGAUAGGUUUAGAUGUGUGUGUGUUUUGUAAGCCAGUUUUGCUGGCUCGUGUACUGCUGUGGGAGGUUACCUGACAGAUGACAGUUUCUCUGGUGUUGAGAUAUGCAUGUGUCUGUGUUUGCCUUGGUCUCGGUA